UCUGAUCGGUGGUGCUGUAGCUGCUGCGUAUUCACUCCUUUCUUUUUCCCUUCCCCACAAAGGAUAAGAUGAUAACAUUUCCUUACACAGAACACCCACUCAUAGACAGUUGCAGAUAAGCCACUUCUUCCUCUUCCUCUUCUUCUUCUUCUUCUUCUUCACUGCAUACACUGUAUUUCCUCUUCUUCUCACACUAGUAUAAUCUCUCUCUGUAAUCUUCAUUUCCAUGACACCUUUGCUCUGCUUCCGUACCUCCACUCCUUCUCUCUACUUAUCUCCAUUGUUUCCCUUCUUCACGCCUCUCCCUCGCUUCAAAUCCCCACCACACCGAACCCAUCGUUUCCCUAUUCUUUCACUCUCUAACGACCCCUUUCAACGAUCAAUCAAUCAGGACUCGCCAACUCAGCCGAGAACGCUUUUUCCUGGCGGCUAUAAGCGCCCUGAAAUCAAGGUCCCCAACAUUGUUCUCCAGCUUGAAUCCGACGACGUUUUGCCUCGCGGGGAUGUUUUGGAUUUUAUUGAUAAGGCCGUUGUUAAGUGGGUAGGAAUUGUCGUUCUUAAUUGCGGUGAUGGUAGCGGGAAGGCUCUCUACGAAGCUGCAUGUUUGUUGAAGUCUGUUAUAAGGGAUCGUGCUUAUUUGUUGAUUGGAGAACGCGUUGAUGUCGCUGCUGCUGUUAAUGCUAGUGGGGUUGUUCUCUCUGAUCAAGGUCUUCCUGCCAUUGUGGCAAGAAAUAUGAUGAUGGAUUCGAAAUCUGAAUCUGUAGUUCUCCCUUUAGUAGCCAGAAAUGUGCAGACUUCUAGCGCUGCCUUAAACGCAUCUAAUUCUGAAGGUGCUGAUUUUCUUAUAUACGGGAUUGGUCAAGAGAGACAUUUUGAUCUAAAAAUGUGCUCUGGAUUUGCGGAUGUGAAAAUACCAAUUUUUUUCAUCUACGCGUCACGUAGUGUGCCAAUGUCAGUUAUAGAGGCAUCAAAAUUGCUAAAAUCUGGUCUUGCUGGUUUAGUUAUGUCAUUGGAGGAUUUGAGGUCGUUUAAUGACGAGUCUUUGAGUCAAUUGUUCAACACUGUAAGUGCAACGGAGGAAAGCUUAGAGAAUGAGCUUGAAAGCCUCAAUAAUGUUAAAUCAUUGGAGGUAGAAAAUGAUUUUCAUGGGAAAAAGCAGAUAGGAGGCUUUGUUAAGUUGCAGGACAGAGAAAAACAGCUCAUAGAAACAGAAAGAUCAGUAUUGCUUGAAGCUAUUAACGUUAUUCAGAAAGCUGCUCCUCAGAUGGAGGAGGUGACACUUCUAAUUGAUGCUGUUUCUCAAAUUGAUGAGCCAUUUUUACUGGCUAUAGUGGGUGAAUUUAAUUCUGGUAAAUCUAGCGUAAUUAAUGCGCUUCUUGGAAAAAGAUACCUUAAAGAAGGUGUUGUUCCUACAACCAAUGAGAUCACUUUCUUACGAUAUUCUGAGUAUAAUUCUGAAGAGCCAGAGCGUUGUGAAAGACAUCCAGAUGGCCAAUACAUAUGCUAUCUUCCUGCUCCAAUUCUUAAGGAGAUGAACAUUGUUGAUACGCCAGGGACUAAUGUCAUUCUCCAAAGGCAGCAACGCCUCACUGAGGAAUUUGUGCCUCGUGCUGAUUUGCUUCUUUUUGUUAUUUCUGCUGAUCGCCCAUUAACUGAAAGUGAGGUUUCUUUUCUGCAAUACACUCAACAGUGGAAGAAGAAAGUUGUGUUUGUGUUAAAUAAAUCUGACCUCUAUCAGAAUACCAGUGAGCUUGAGGAGGCUAUGUCAUUCAUCAUGGAGAAUACAGGGAAGUUACUAAACACUGAAAACGUGAUGUUGUAUCCAGUCUCUGCUCGGUCUGCUCUUGAAGCAAAACUUUCAGCUUCUUCUGAAUUAAAACAAGAUAAUAAACGAUCAUCAGUUUUAGAAUCUUAUUCGCAUAUCAAUAGCUUCUAUGAACUUGAGAAGUUUCUGUAUAGUUUUUUGGAUGGCUCAACAGAAACAGGAAUGGAAAGAAUGAAGCUCAAACUGGAAACUCCAAUUGCUAUUGCUGAGCGUAUACUUUCUACUUGUGAAACUCUUGUGAAACAAGAAUGCCGAAAUGCCGAGCAGGAUCUGAUCACUUUAAAUGAAAUUGUUGAUAGUGUGAAAGAGUAUACAAUGAGGACAGAAAAGGAGAGCGUCUCUUGGAGAACAAAGACUUUGUCUCUGAUCGAAAGAACAAAAUCCCGUCUUCUGGAGCUUAUAGAAUCCACUCUACAGAUAUCAAAUCUUGAUCUUGCUGCCUCAUAUAUAUUUAAAGGGGAAAAAUCUGCGACGACGGCUGCUGCGUUCAGGGUUCAAAAUGAUAUAAUUGGUCCUGCAGUUUCAGAUGCACAAAAACUACUUGAAGAAUAUGCAUUAUGGUUAAAAUCAAAUAGUGCUCAUGAAGGGAAGCUGUACAAAGAAUCCUUUGAAAAAAGGUGGUCUUUGCUUACCAAUCCAAACACACAGAUGCAUUUUCAGAUCAAUGAGUUGCUGGGAAAAGUUGAUGAUGUCAGCUUGAAAGUGAUACAGAACUUCAGUACUGGUGCAGCUUCAAAGCUUUUUGAACAGGAAAUACGUGAAGUGUACUUGGGAACAUUUGGUGGACUAGGAGCUGCUGGUUUAUCUGCCUCUCUUUUGACAUCUGUGCUACCUACCACUUUAGAAGAUCUUCUUGCUCUUGGCCUUUGUUCUGCUGGAGGGUUCAUAGCAGUUUCAAAUUUCCCAUCCCGCAAGCGAGGGAUGAUAGAUAAGGUAAGCAAAAUAGCAGAUGGCUUGGCACGUGAAAUUGAAAAAGCAAUGCAGAAGGAUCUCCUGGAAACAGCUGCUAAUUUGGAAAACUUUGUAAUAACCAUUGGCAAGCCUUACCAAGAUGCAGCACAACAAAGACUCAACAACCUUUUAGCUGUUCAAAAUGAAUUAUCAGAUAUCGCAGAAAAACUUAUAACUCUGCAAGUUGAAAUACAGAAUCUUCAUGUAUCAUAAGAUAUUUUAAAAUUGUUAAUGGAUGCAAUUUGGUUCUCAGUGUUAGUAACACAAGAACCGUUAUAAUGCAUUGAUGUUAACAUCCAUUAACAAACAAUGUGCUUGUAAAAUUUUUAUCCUUCACCUGAUUUUGGAGAACAGAUAAUCAGUGAUAGUGCCUUAUUUUUACCUAAUUAUCCAUAAGUUCGAAAUGGGAAAUCUAAGUUUGUGCC